AAUCGGGAUCCGAGUGACUCCGGAUUAGGGAGGCUGGGAAGUUCUCUUCCCGCACGCGGGGGGCAGGGGAGGGGAGAGGCUGAAAGAGGGAGCGUCCGGAGGACUAGGCUAGGCAGGUUGACUGCCCCCCUCCCUCGAAGCUGAUCGCGAGCGAGGUCCGGGGGAGGCACAGCGGGCGCUUCCUUCCCGUCGGGGGAUCGGGGCGCUCGGAGCGCGCGAAGGCUCCACCCCGAGGCCGCCAAGGCGCAGCGUCCGGCUGCAAGCAGGGCAAAAGGGCGAGGAGGGCAGCCGAGAGCAGGAGCAGCAGCCGCUGCCGCCGAUCGCGUCCUCUCCCAGCUCGUUCUUUCCGCCUGUCUUCCCUCGGCUUUAAACCACCGUUUGCCCUGCCCUACCCCCGCCCGGUCGCCGCCGCCGCCCGCGUCCAGGUGCUGCUGUGCCGCCGCCGCCGGACGGGCAGGGAGCGCCGCCCAGACCGGCCCGUGGUCGCUGCCUUGUCAUGCUGCCCAAAGUGGAGACGGAAGCCCUGGGACUCGCCCGAUCGAAUGGGGAACGGGGGCAGAUGCCGGAAAACAUGCAAGUGUCUCAGUUUAAAAUGGUGAAUUACUCAUAUGAUGAAGAUCUGGAAGAAUUGUGUCCAGUGUGUGGAGAUAAAGUCUCUGGGUAUCACUAUGGACUCCUUACCUGUGAAAGUUGCAAGGGGUUCUUCAAACGAACAGUCCAGAACAACAAAAGGUACACAUGCAUAGAAAAUCAAAGCUGCCAGAUUGACAAAACUCAAAGGAAGCGCUGCCCUUAUUGUCGAUUUCAAAAAUGUCUAAGUGUUGGGAUGAAGUUGGAAGCCGUGAGGGCUGACCGAAUGCGUGGGGGUCGAAACAAGUUUGGACCCAUGUACAAGAGGGACAGGGCACUGAAGCAGCAGAAGAAAGCUCUCAUCCGAGCAAAUGGACUCAAGCUGGAAGCCAUGACUCAGGUGAUUCAAGCAAUGCCCACUGAUCUAACAAUAUCCUCUGCGAUCCAGAAUAUUCAUUCUGCCUCCAAGGGCCUACCUCUGAACCAUACAGCCUUGCCUCCCACAGACUAUGACAGAAGCCCCUUCGUAACCUCUCCGAUUAGCAUGACAAUGCCACCACAUGGCAGCCUACAAGGUUACCAGACCUACGGUCAUUUUCCCAGCCGUGCUAUCAAGUCUGAGUACCCCGAUCCUUACACUAGCUCUCCUGAGUCAAUAAUGGGCUACUCUUACAUGGAUGGUUAUCAUCAGACGAGCUCACCGGCAAGUAUUCCUCAUCUGAUACUGGAACUCUUGAAGUGUGAGCCAGAUGAGCCGCAGGUCCAGACUAAGAUCAUGGCAUAUUUGCAGCAAGAGCAAGCCAACCGAAGCAAGCACGAAAAGCUCAAUACCUUUGGGCUUAUGUGUAAAAUGGCUGACCAAACCCUCUUCUCGAUUGUCGAGUGGGCCAGAAGUAGCAUCUUCUUCAGAGAGCUUAAGGUUGAUGACCAAAUGAAGCUGCUUCAGAACUGCUGGAGUGAACUCUUAAUUCUAGAUCAUAUUUAUCGCCAAGUGGUACAUGGGAAAGAAGGUUCUAUCCUCCUAGUCACUGGGCAACAAGUGGAUUACUCAGUAAUAGCAUCUCAAGCAGGAGCCACACUCAACAGUCUUAUGAGCCACGCACAAGAGCUAGUAGCAAAACUACGAUCUCUGCAGUUUGAUCUACGAGAGUUUGUGUGUCUCAAAUUUUUGGUGCUAUUCAGUUUAGAUGUCAAAAACCUAGAGAACUUCCAGCUGGUGGAAGGUGUUCAAGAACAAGUGAAUGCUGCUUUGCUGGACUACACAAUGUGCAACUAUCCACAGCAGACAGACAAAUUUGGGCAGCUUCUCCUGCGACUCCCGGAAAUCCGGGGGAUCAGCAUGCAGGCUGAAGAAUACCUCUACUACAAACACCUGAAUGGGGAUGUGCCAUGUAAUAACCUCCUAAUUGAAAUGCUGCAUGCAAAGAGAGCAUAAAUUAUAUCCUUUUAAAGCUUUUGCUUUUGAGAAAAAAGAAAAAUACUCUGAACUGCUCCAAGCAACACCAAUUAAAAGAACUUGGUUUAAAGGAACUUUGUUCCAAAAAUGGUAUAAUAAUCAAAUACUUAAUAGUAAAAUAAGUGAUGUAUCAGGGUAUUUGAAUUGCAAACUGUGAAUCAAACGCUACACAGUCUCCCCAAAGGAACAUUUAUAGGACUUUAACACUAGGAUGAAAGGAGAUUUCAAAUGGAUAUGGAUACCAUUGCCUAUGUCAAACGAAACAGACAGACAAAAAAGGAACAAUUCUUGUAAGUCAAAACUUUGCCAGUUACCACUACGGAGAAAUUUAGGAACAUGUUUUAUCUGUGUUUUUCAGCUAACAGAGCAAGGGGAUCUGUGUGCACUACAUCCCUUCUGGUUAGCAGGACUGAAAACACUUCUAAAGGGAGUAAAACUGCGAUCUCCCUAUGUCAUCCUUCCAAGGACUGUAUCUUAUUUCUCCUCCAAACAGGAUGUGUGGCACCAAUCUGUAAUAAAGAUCUUGAGUAGGCCACUUUCAUAAUAUACAUAUGUACCCACACAAACAUAAUGGCACCACCAAAACCAACCAACCAACAAAUAAAGCCUGGGGGGAGGUGCAGCUUGGACUGUCUGUAACUCAGGCCUGGAAACAGCUAAUAUGGAAAAAAUAUAUUCAUAAAUUAGUGUGACAUUCUUAAUAUGUUUCCAAAGUUUGUUUUUGUCAUUGUGUUCCUGUUGAUCAGCCAGGCAGUAUCCCUCUUCCACCAAUAGGAGGAGGAACAGCUACAAGCAUCAGAAUUAAGCUGCUCCAAAGCAACCACCAUUGGAUCGUGUUUCCAGCGCAGUGACUCAAGCAUUGCUGGAAUGGCUUCUCAAAGCUUUUAGUGCCAAAUAAGCUCGUGGAUACUACUCAGUCUCUUGGCUGUCAUCUAAAAUAAAACAGUAUUUCUUCUUUGGGUUUCUAAGUGGUAGCACCUCUUGACCUGCCAACUUGAUCUGCAACCUAGUUAAACUGAAUUACUUGGAUUUAAGAAUUAAUUUCAGUGAUCUCAGACCGUGCCCUGUUGGUCAUCUGGUUUGAGACAUGGUGAUGGGUGCACUGCACAAGUUCCUCACCAACCUGUGACUGCCAUGUCCCAUGAGUUUCUAUAUCAUCAUAAGAACACCUGCACCACAAAUUCAAAUGUAGACAGCCAGAAAUCUAUUGCAGCCCACCAACGGCCCAGUAAACAUCUUAAGUUAUUGUUUUUCUGCUGCCUGCCUGAGACUGCAAAGAAUAGGAGAAGCUUUAUUGAGUACAAUAUUACUGUUUGGUAGGCUGUGUUUAGCUUGGUGCAUCACGUGUUGUGCAGGUUUGUUCUAGAAUUGCCAGUGGGCCAACGUUUUACUGGUCUGACAGGAAGCCAGUAUCGGGAUCUGAAAAGCCAAUAAAUGUCAGACAGGGCCAACUCCAGAUUUGACAGGACCCCAGACCUGGACAAACUCUCAAACCUGGAAAAGCACCCUAGUGGGUUUGCUCCUACAUUAGUGGACCCCUGCCAAUGGGCUUACCUGGCGACAAUGGAAGCAAGGUAUGAGCCAUUUUAAUAUUCACACUAUGCCUCAGAGUGCCAUUCCACACUAUGCCCCAGAGUAAUGCUACAUUGGGGGCAUUGUUAGGUACCCAGUGCCAGUGGGCCCUACUGACAGGCCUGGGAUCCCAGCAAUUGCCCAAAGCUGCCCGGUGCUAAUGCUGUACAAGUCUCCAUAACUGAAGACUGACAAAAAUUAUUGCCACUAGGCUCCACUAAUAAGCUGCCAAAUUAUACCCUGACUCUACCCAUGAUUAACUAGAUUCCAUCUGGGGUAUAUCAUCCAUCCACCUGUUUCUGAACUCACUCUACUUUUAAGGAUUUUUGUUUCUUCACUCUGCCCUGACCUGUUAGUUUUUACCCCUGGCUCUACCUCUUGGCCACACACCCCUGAUCUGGCCCAGGGAAAAUGUGUUUGAAAGGUUUCCAACUUAGAUGACUUCAUCUCAGGGACUGCACCUGUGCAAGGGGAGAAUGCAAUGCAUUAUACAAUCAUACAUUCCCUUGUAUUGAUGUAGCCACCCCGCCCCUCAUCAGGAGAUUCUCCCCUCCCCAGCUGAAAUCCAAGUACUUCACCUUUAACUAAUUUCUGGGUCACACUGUAGGUAAUAAAAGACCAAUAAGCAAAAUACUUUUACCUAUGCAAGAAAACAAAUUCUCAAAAUGUAUAAGCUGGUUGGUUAGUAUUAUUGAUCGUUUGAAGAACAGUGCAUUUUUAGUACAGUCUUUGGAGUCAGACAACACAUUUUAACCCAAUUAUUCUAACAAAAAUAUGUUAUGUGAGGACAGAAGAAUAAUACUGCUGUGACCAUGGAGACCAAAGUCUGCUGCAGAACAAAUAUUGGAGAAGGACAAAAAAUGAUCUCUCAAUCCAAAACGAAGGUAUCAGUAUUAUACAAUGUAGUGCCACUGUCAUGAAAGCUUUGCCUUAUUUCAAAAUUCUGGAUGGUAACUAUACAGAUGCAGAUCAACAUAUGUUGGGGGGAAAGUAUUAAUACUUUACAUAGCUGAAGAAAAAAAGAUGAUGGUUGUUUACAUUUGUUAGUCCUGUGGGAGGGGAAACUGUGAUGAUGUUGCAAAGCAGUGAUUUCCUUAAUGUUGCUUUCUGAUUGGUAAUUAGUUUACCAGUACUUAAUUACUGUAUGUCGUGAGACACUAAAAUCAAUAAGGGAAUCUCAUUUAUACUUUAAUUUUAUAUGUUUAGGUUAUUGGCUGCACAAUCACUUGUAGAAACUGUAUAAAAACAUCUCUCUUAGCUUUGUUUGUUUUCAUGAAAAUUGCUGGCUUUUUAAUAGUUUAUUUAUAAUGUAUAUCACAGUUUUCAUUGUAGACAAUUAUGAUGCUAAUUUAUUGUUCCUUGGUUUCAUCUUUAUAUAAAAAUAUAGCCAGAAUAAAGAAGCCAAAUAUAUGUGUUUAUUACAGCAUGUCUUCAAGUUAGUGGAACAUAGUUCAGGGACAUACAAGGAUCUUUACAGUUUAAGAUCAUUUGCUUGAUUAAAUGUCUGUAAAUCUUUAUAAUUCUAAAUGUGGUUUAUUUAAAAUCUAUUGUAAAUUUAGUGAUUCGCACCUGCCUUUGUUUCAUGUGGACCUAACGAGGUGCAUUCUUAGAAAAUUCUUUUCUAAGCAGUGGACAUUGUAUACCAAAGACAACAUUUAUUUCUUUUAUAUUAGUACAGAACAGAAUAUUUUUCACCCCAUGAAUCUGGUCUAAUAUUCUUUUACCAUGUAGAUCAGACCCAUGGGGGAAUGAGGGAGGAAUGAACUAUGGGAAAUUCUUGCUCAUACAAAGAGGUACUUCCUUGCCCACAAACCAGCCCUACUACCAAUACUUCUGCUGUCCCAUGACAAGGCCGACAUUGGGCAUUCAGGACUGACCACCCUCAAGACACCUCACUGAAAGUCAGCCUGAGGCAGAAAAUCAAAAUGGUGGCUUUCACUGUGGUAAAAAUAAACAGCUAGGAUCCAAAGAACCAUUUAAACAAAGGACUUUGGAUUUGCUGGCAUCAAACAGCAACUCUUCAUGCAACUUUUGAAACAGAGGAGUUUGAGGGUAUACUGUUUAAUGGGAGGGGGAAUCAGGAAUUUCACUAGGCACACUGAAGCUCUUGGGUGGAUCUAAAGUAGUUAUUUGAAUCCCAGCCAAUAAGAAACUAAAUACUUGACAAUGAUGACCUUUAUUGGUACCAUCCUCAUCAAAUGGUAGGACUACCCUGUCUCCAUUAACCUAAGAAUACUAAAUAUGGUGUUCACCCAGCAGAAUUGAAGCAGCAUUGGUAGCAGUGCUGAGAACUAUGGCCUGGGAAGAACACUUUUUGUAGGAGGUAUCCAAGACUCCUAGAAAGUAUCCAUCUGAAGAACUUGCCCUGGAUUCUAACAUUUGUUUAUGCAGUAAAGAUGGGUGGGGAUAGCAAACUUAGCUAAGCCCAGGAUGUGCAACUCUUAAGUAUUUGUAUCAUGCACCAUCAACUCUUGUCUUAUGGAUCUUUUGACAAUAACAGUUCACCCCCCAUUUUUUAUACAAAUGAGAACAUUCCUUUUAGAAGAAAACAAAUCAAGUGAUCACCAGUGGCAUGUAAAAAGUAACUAUGAAUUUGUUUAUUCACAUAUAGACCUGGAUAGUGAGGAUUUUUACCCUGUCACAACCAGUAUUUUAUAACUCCUUUUGUUGAAAACCAUGGCUUAUUUUACUGAAUAUGUGAAAAAAGAAUAAAACCACUAACAAAGCACAAUUAUCUAAUAGACAAAACCAGAUAAUUAAUAUAAGGAUGUUAAAGGCAAAAAAUGAUUAGUGGAAAUGGUUUCAAAUAAACUAGAGCACACAUUAGCCAAUAUCAGUGGUUCCAAGAAACCCUCUGAUUGCCCAAGUUUGCUAAUGUUAAUUGUUAACCACUUUGUAACAAGACAUUUACUUACAAUUGCUUUCUUGAUUACAUAUUAGUAAAAGCAGACUAAAAUACAAAGGUUUUGGCUUUGGCUGGUUUCUUAUAGUUGUUCAGUGUUUGUAACCAGACAUUCUGUAGUGUCUGAAAUAUUUGUAUUACAAAUAUGUUCCGCAGCUGCCUGGCAUUUGAAUCCAUGCAACCCUUUUAGAAUGUGCAGUUAGUUACUUGUUAAAGUUCUCUUACUGUAUCUGUGAAGUUCAUGUUGUCUCAUGUCAAUUCUUGCCAGGAAUUUUCUCAACACCUAUGGAUUUUUAUUUCCAGUAUUUCAAUAAAUAUUGAUAUGGCCAUUCUGA